AUGGGUGUUGCAACUCGUCCACAUCCGCCACCGCUGCCUGCUCCCACCGAGACCGACGAAGGCUCUUCCGGCGUCGAGACCGAGGUCGCUACCAACGUCACCAACAGGACUUCCUACUCGAUCCCCGAGGACGGCAGUCCAAUCACAAUAUCCACCCAGAAGGCGAGCAAGGACGGCAGUGGCCGACAUUCACAAGACAAGAGCCAGACGAGCUUGUUGAUUGAGUACUUCGAGGCGUCCAAGACUGGUGACAAGAGUCGGAACCGGCCAAGUGUGCGAGUCAAGGUCACACCGAGCGCAAAGAAGGGAAGCAGAGGAGGAUCCGGGCAUGACGCAAUCCAGAUCACUGGCAUAGGCGCUGAUCGAAAGCCCUCAUACACUCGGCGAAUCUCACUGGGCAAUAGCAGCAAAAACGUCGAGACCGGACUGGCGACCACAGAAGCCACCGAAGUCAGCCAUUCAUCGGAGAGCAACGUUUCUGCCAGGUCCCCAGUGGAGAUUGAGGUUCUGAACGGAAGUGACGUCUCGCAGAAGAGGUCUUCGCGCGGCCUCAUGUAUGCACCGGUCGAGUCAAACGUGUCCUCGAUGCCGCCCGAGAGCAUUCUGGAAACCGACCGGCCCAUUGAGGUCGAUCGUAGCCGCAUGACACACCACGAUGACGACGACACGACACCAACAGAAUACCUGAAAGCUCCGCAACGGAAUGGCAGCCGGAGUCGAAGUGCCAGUAGGGAACGACUUACCCAGAAAGUCAUGGAGAAGCUUGGCGCCUCACCGACAGCGACGAAACCUCGCAAGUCGAGUCGGUCGAGUCGAGAGCGUGGCACAGAUUAUCAGUACGAAAGUGAAUCCCGUGAACGACGCCGACAUUCAUCGAAGUCCCAACGCGGAGAGGACGAUGCAAUCAGCGGUGCCGAAUCAAGUCUGCUUUCGUCCAAUCCAGCAGCCAGUGUCAGCUCAUUCCGAUCUCGCAGCUCACAGGCUUCGCGCAUGACAAACAACCCGAAAUUGCUGGAAAUGGUCGAGGACACCAUCAAACGCAUGAUCCUGCCAGAGAUCAACGCCAUCAAGGACGAGCAGAAGGAGCAGAAGGUUGAUCGCAAGCUGCGCAAAUACUCCGACCACAGUGAGCGCGAGUCCCUGGGGCGCCAGGUGAGCAAGUCUUCCAGCUCACCCAACAUUGCAUCCAAGCCGAAAGUCGUACUGAACCGCGAUGGGGACAAUCCUGGAACAGUUCUAUCCCGUGGCGAUUCGGAGAGGGUCAAGCAUCGCAAGACAAGUCGCGAAGAGCGACCGUCGAGUCGCAAGUCGUCAGGUCGACACUCACGAGAGGGUAGCCAUGACGAUACCGAAGAGAGGAUUAGUCACAAGUCCAGUAGAAGCAGCAAUAACGGCUUACGUGGAGCAGCGGCUGCAGGCCUGGCUGGUGGCAUUCUAACAACAGCAGCGCUCAAACAUCACGACUCGGAAGGCGACAUACACCAUAGAAAAAAGAGACACAGCAAGUCCAGGAGCAGUCGUAGCAGAUCCGCCAGCAUCACAGAUACUAUGGACGACACGUAUCUGAAGGGUCCAAUACCUCUCAUGCCAAUGGCAAGCGCCAUCAACGAGUCUGAGGUCACUCGCGAGAGCAUUUUGUCGCAAGCCACAGACAGACCGCAGUCGUAUUUCCCCGGCAGUAUGACACCUGUCCACGAAGUGUCUCGUGGUUCUGUUGGCGAUUCUCUGUCUCCAGCAUCCUCGCGCACACCCACUCGGAACUCGCACAGUCGUGGACUCGGCAUGAGCCUCGCAAAUCAAUCGAUCGACAGCCCACGAAGCCCCAAGAGUCCAACAGUUGGAAUGUCCAACAAGGCACGCAUGGCAGCACUCACUGCCGCAGGACUCGGCGGAGCUGCGGCGCUGGCUAAAUACGAAGACAACCAUGUGGAUGCAGAUGGGUAUGGGGAGAACACUCUUCAACGGAAGAUUAGUAGUCCCGUGCAAAGUGUUUCCAGCUUGCGCCAAAACUUCGAGGAUGAUCCGCUCAUCCCUCAAGGUCUACGUCCACGAAGCGCAGCAUCGCGCUCGUCCGCUGGUCGACUGCAGAGCACUGGCAACUCUCGGGCUUCUUUGCGAUCAACGGACUCUCCUCCAUCGACGAAGCAGUUGGCAGAAUCUCGCAAACACUCGCAAAAAGUGGGAGUUGAUGAGUUCGAGACACCACUUGAGCGACCAGAUCCUGCCUUCACUCGUGAGCGCUCGGGUACACCCAAUGGCGAGACUGCUGAGGAGUGGUUUGAGCGCCAACAUCUCGUCAAUGACCAAUACCGGGAUUCGAUGAGUGAAGCGGCAAAUCGCGACUCAUACCAGACCAAUCCAUAUCCCCAGGAUGAGAAGCGACUCACAAUGAGUACCGAUGAAAGUUACGGCGAUGAGAUUGGUGGCGACAAGGAUGUGCACCCGCUAGGUCUCAAUCCCAACUACGUACAUACGCCAGUCGCCGUCGAGUCGGCCGUGGCUUCGUUGAUGGAGCCAUCUACCGUCAGCAGUCACGUCGUAUCAUCGAAUGGCAGUGCGUCGAAGUCAAAUGGUACCUACAGUGAUCGCAUGGCAGAGCAACUGCGUAACAGCAAGGGCAGAGAGCCACCUCCAAUGUACGAAGGCUCGACCUUGAGCCAAAGCAUGCCCAGUCAGGACCGGUGGGCAGCGAUCAAGGGCCAUGCUCGCAACAUGUCUGGAUCUGUCGACAAUGUCAACGAACUCAAGACGAACAGUCCUCGCCAGCAAAAGUCUGUCGAGAACAAGCCAGUGAUGAGCUCAAGUGGGUUGCCACUUGCUGAAGACCCGAUGCCAGAAAUCGGCCACUAUGACUCGAACUCCGAUUUGACCACGAACCCAUCCAUCAUACAGGGUCAUCUUGGCGGUGAGGAUGCAGGCACGACUACCUGGCCAUACACUCCUGAGCCACAGCACGAUGCUUCAAAUCGCCAAAGGACGAAAGACGGCUUGCUUGUCGCCGCUGCUGGAGGAGCCGCUGCUCUUGCUGCAAACUACUCUUCUCGUCAACCCACCGUAGAGGACGAGCGAGAUGUGCACAACGGUGCUAUCAGUGCCGACCGAGAAGCGAUGUCGUUUCGCGAUGAAGGCUAUGCAACAGAUGGUCGCACUCGUUCUGCCGGUGGUAUGACGCCGAAGGCCGAGAUGCAGAAGUAUGGCAAGAAGGAUCUCGAGGAGUAUGAGCGUGCCAUGAAUGCUCACGACAAUGUUGGGGAAGACCCUUUUACUGCUGACAACAAACACACCCGACACUUCAGCGGCAAUUCGGACGGCAUGAACCAUGGUAUGGAGUCACCACUGUAUGACAGUUCGACCGGCAAAGGCAUGGACCGCAUCGAUUCGAAGGACAUUGUUGCAUUGAUGGAUCACCUGACAGUCCGUGAUGCUCAGCGUAAUGCGCGAGAUACCGAGAUUUUGGUCACCCUUGUUCGCAGUGCUGCAGAGAUGCGUAGCUCCUUCGAUGAGAUGAAGCGCUUCAUUCUGGAGCAGGACAAGGCCAUCAUGCAGAACACCGAUCGUGGUGUUGAUCAUACUGUCCAGAAGGUGCUGAGUGGACCACGACCCCAGCCGCUAGGAUCACCUCGCACCCCUCGCCGCCAGGCUACAUCUGAAGAGGACGUUCAAGUCAAACGUAAAGGUGUUCUUCAGCGGGCCCUCAAAGGCUUGACCGGUGGCAAGAGUGCCAAAGACCUUGCUAGAGUUGAGGAUAUGCUGAUGCAGAUCCUGGACAAUGUGGAGGAUCUGAAGUUACAAGGUGGCAGCAGCAGACAAUUGGACCGUUCAUACACCAACGACAGCCUUGACUCUUAUGAGAAGCUGAGAAACGCGCCUGAUUCUGGCUAUGAACCAGAAGGUCAAGCUGGCACUUCUAGCACUCCAAGCCACUCUGGUCACUUCAACACCACGACUCCCCGGGAGAAACAGCAAUUCCACUCUGGGUAUGAUGGUCGUAGAGGGUCUGAGCACAGAGUCAGCACUGUCUUAGAGGACGACGAGGAUGAGCUUGAGCCGCAUGAGACUCAUGUCUUGAACAACCAGUUCGAGAAUAACGAACGCAUGCUGACUCCAACACAAGAGCGUCAUCGCGCACAAGCUGAGGCGGAAGGUACCCCGGAAAAGCAGAAGAAGCACAAGAGCAAUAGCUCUUCUCUGUUUGGCGUACCCAAGAUCUCGCGGUGGUCACGAACUACAGCAUCCUCUGGUGCGCCAGAUCCUGGCACCCUCGACAGCCCGCAGCAGGCACGUCACCCAAGACCGUCAUCAGAGUCGUCGAGGUCGCAGUCGACGUUGGACCAGUAUGACGACGAUGGCUACAGCUAUCGAGAUGUGGAAGGUCUCAAGACCACCAAGAGUUUCGAGGAACAACGUCAAGCUGCGCAUGCAGAAACCCGAAGCGUGCGUAGUCAAGCCAGCAAGCUCACCAGGACCCCAUCUCCUCUCAUUCCUUCAGAGGCAUCAUCUAUACAUCACGACAAUUACUACGAUGAUGAGCAGGCUAGAUCACCUGUGCAAGAAGACGAUGAAGCUGAUCACGAUGAUCCCAAGUACCAUGCUCAUCGCAACUCAAUCCUGCUACAGCACCCUCAGCCUCGGGCUGGGCAGACGCCACGUCACCAGAACGCCUUAGAGACUCAGGCUCACACCUUUGACGAUCCUACAGGCACCAACUCAGACCUUUCCCAGCGCACUGUAAGCGACUUCGAUCCAGCCAUGUGGGGCUCCUCAGGCACAGCUGGUCUUGCACGCCACCGCAUGACGCAGGUGGAACCCAUCAGCCCUGUGAGCAUGAACACUCCAUCAGCCUAUGCCGGACGCUCAGGCCGUAAUGAAGGACCCUUGGUCCCACAGUCGAACCCUGCCGUGCCACCGAAGAUCAAGUACGAGGAGCCAGAACCCGAGGAUGACUGGAAUGACGAGCCGCAAUUCAGCAACAGCGGCUUCAGCAAAGGUGGUUACUACAGCAGCCCGUACGGCUCUGGUCAUCUCCUCGAGCCGAUCGAAGAGGUCCGAUACUCACUUGAGACGGACAGUGGUCACAGAUCGCCUGAACCUCAAAUCGCAUCGGCCAAAGCCGUGGACAUGCGCUCGCCAGCGCGCAAGAUCACCGGCCCCAGACCAAUGGGCAGCAGAAGUCCGAAGCCAAGCAGCAACAACCAAGCUAGACUUGUAGAGAACACGGGCACUGUCCGCCGCAAACCUGUGCCAGGAGCUCAAGGCUCUGUUGAUAGCCUCGACAGCGAGACAUUCUGA